AUGGGAGGAUCAGGUGGGCACCUCAGAGCUGAGGCACCAGUACCCAUCAGACACUUGUGGCUGAAGGACCAGGUGGGGCUUUUGGCAUACGGUGAGGAAACCAUGAAGGAUGCAGGAGGCGAGGCCUUCACCCAGCCUGCCAACUGCUGUGUGGGCUUCCCAUCCAGCAGGAAAAGCCGAGCAUGUCCAUGUGUGUGUGCUACAAAAAUCUGUUUCAUCAUGGAGAGAAACCAUCAAGUGAGAAGCCUGGUAUCUCUUAGUGUGGAAAUGGCCUACAGAACAGAUGUUAAACUUUGCACCUCCGGACACUUAAAUCAUAACAAGCUUUAUAAGCCUUUAGAGAAAAUAAAACAGGGACAAUGGUACUCUGCCAGGAAACAAACUGGUUUCACAACAGAAAAAAAUCAAUUCCCAGCUGAAAAUGAGAAAGCAAGGAAAAUGCAAAGAUCUUCAGAUAACUUUUGUUCCAGCAUCCCCCUGCUUCCAGUACAGGCUGAAUCUUCCUGCCCUAACAGCAGACAUCCACAGUCACCUGUGACUGGUGUUGGUGCCUCAGUAGAUUUUUCUACUCCACUGGAAAUGUUAAAGUUGAAAGCACUUAGAAUAAAGGAGGGAGCCGAUAGACUCCAUAUGUGUCCCAAAAGAGAUCAGUUAGAUGUGUCAGAAAUUAUGGUGUUGAAAAACACACCAGUUAUGAACAGCUGACAAUGUGUUACGGAGCCUGCCAAGGAGGAAUACCAGUUCAUAUCUUCAUACUUGGCUGGUGUAACUAAAACUGAACAGCUUAACAAGUUCCUUCAUUUCCAGAAGGAAUUCAUAGCAAAGCAUGAACCGUUACAGAAUGAUUUCACAUGGAACAAAGUAUCAGAGCAGCAUAAAAGAAAGCUGGCUAAGGAAAGAAAAAGACUCCAGAAAACCUGUGGCUGUUACCCCCUCCAUUUCAAGUGACAACAGUUUGUUGAGGAAGUAUUUGAAGAUAUAUGCAACAACUUUCUGAUAUUUGGUGAUAUUCUGAAGGAAAUUAAGAGUGAGUAUGAGCUGUACAUGAUGAUGCUUCUGGACUCUGUGCUUAUAACACAAUACAAAGCUGUGAAGGUUCAGGUCAAAGGGGUGGAAACAAAGCCUUCAAAGGCUCCAGAAAUCCAGGCACCCAGGAAAGAUGUUCAGGUUCUCAUGAAGAAAGCCAGUACUGCUCUGGAAAGAAACAAAGACUAAGUCUAACAAAUGCUACGGAAGAAUGAAUUGGAAAUGGGGCUACGGAUGAGCCGAACUCCGGAAGAUAAAACAGAAACCUGCAGCAGACAUGAGAGGUAGAGGAUAGCAAGAAAACUGCUUUGUGUUUCUGAACAACUUGAAUCUAUGAGGUGUAAAGUUCUCGAUAAAUGGGAGGAAAUGCAAUAGAGGAAAGAAACAACGGUUUGUGCUUGGACAGUGGAUAUAAUGGAAAACAUUCUUAAAGAAAUAGAGGAUGAAACUAUGAAAAUGAACUCAUCAGACACGUUUCUACAAGGCAAAAUAAAAGAAGUUGAAGGAAAUAUCACAGAAAUUUUAGAUAAACUGAGAAUCAGUCAGGAUAAUCAAAGACACCUUGGAAGCAUGGGAAGAGUCUUAGAUGCCUCACCAAUUCAUUUGUUCGCUGGAAAGCAUCUUCUGCCAAGGCACAAGACCAGUACAGGAACUAGCAUUGCUGGAUUGUGGUCCCACUGGCACAGAAAGAGCAGGACACAGGUACCUACUCCUUACCCCCUUGGAGACACCAGGCAGCUUGGGGCAUCUUCCAAAGCACUUUACAAGGUUCCCUUGGCUCCACAAUCAGCAGAGGAUGAUGUCACUGCUGCAGACCCUGACAGUGGCAGUGUGGAAGCAGAGAUUUUGGGACCUUCUAAUGUUUCCAGUCUACAAGGUGCACUACAUCUACAAGGAUGGCUGGUGUUGGCUGCUCUUCAGCAGCGAUGGCAGAUGAGUUUCUCCUUUGCCUGUUGCCAUAUGUGGAACUUUGACAUGCACAAAGUCCUUGCAGUGGCAUCCAGUGGCGUCUCGCAGCAGCUGGGCAAUGCCCCCCAACAGGGUGUUUGGCUCUGCCUUGCUGGGGCCCUGCUGUACCUUCAGGAGUGUGGUGACAACCUGCCAGCUGGAACACCAGGUAGGAAUCCUAAGCAAGUACUACAAGAUCCUGCUUGCAUUGGAGUAGACAUCCUUGUUGCUGGGAGCAGGAUGUACUCCUUUGCUGGCAUCCCCGUGCUGCUAGAGUUGUAG